AUUUUAUUAUUCGCGGAGAGGAUGUAUAUCUGCAUACUAUUCUGCGGAGGGAAGGUCGAGCUUGCAUCAACUGGAAAUCUUUCCAUUGAAAGAACUUGUGUUUUUUCCUCGUCUGCUUGUAUUUAAAGAUUGGACAGAGAACGUGCUGUAGCGUGUAUGGAGAAAAGUCCAUCAGGACUCCCACAGUGACAUUAACAAGCAUCAUUUUACUGCACCAAAGGUAUCUAGUAAGACCAUCAUGCCGCCCAGUCUACGCUGCAAUCUGACCCCAGUCAGGCGUAUUCUGUGCCGAGGGAGCAGUCCUGCUAAGGCGUUGCGAGGUGUACCAUGUAUCCAUGGUUACAGUGCACGUCCACUUACAUCCGUCACUCCGCUCCCCCAGUCAUCCACACCCUCAUCCUUGAAUGUCAGCCUCAUUCUUAGCAGAAGUCUAGCGUCCACACAAGCCCUUAAUGCCAGUGCAACAGAUGGAUCGUCUAAAGGUGAUGGAGUUGGUGGACGGAAAUCCAGGGGGAGUAGCACAAGUGGAAGUAGCAGCAGCGGUAGUGGUGCAGGGAGUAGCAGCGAUGGAGGGAAUGGCUCCUCAAACCAGCUGUGUUGCCCAAAGUGUGGGGACCCUUGUACGCACGUAGAGACAUUUGUCUCCUCCACAAGGUUUGUUAAGUGUGAGAAAUGCCACCACUUUUUUGUCGUCUUGUCGGAAACGGACAGUAAAAAGAGCUUGAAAGAGACACUACCACCCAAGCCAGAAAGACCCCCUCCUCCACCCCCUAAAAAGAUCUUUGAUUUCCUGAACCGAUACGUGGUCGGGCAGGAGGAGGCCAAGAAGGUGUUAUCAGUUGCUGUCUAUAACCACUACAAGCGCAUCUAUAACAACAUUCCCCUGUCAUCAACCAAGAGCCAGACGGAAAGUGUUGAAUCAAAGAAUCAGGCAUUCACUCCCAGGGAGCUGCUGCAGAUAGCAGGCAUCAGCAGCCAGGGCAGCGCCUUAGGAGCCUCGUCCCUGCAGCAGCAACAACCACAGGCAACGCAGGGUAGUGACUCUGAACGGCAGCUACGCGGUAGCGGGCUGCUGGAUUCACAGCAUCACGACCUGCGCCUAGAGAAGAGUAACAUUUUGCUACUGGGGCCUACCGGAUCAGGCAAAACCCUGAUAGCCCAGACCAUAGCUCGUUGCUUGGAUGUCCCCUUUGCAAUCUGUGAUUGUACCACGCUAACCCAGGCCGGCUAUGUAGGAGAAGACAUUGAGUCGGUCAUUGCUAAACUCCUGAGCGAUGCAAACUUCAAUGUGGAUAAGGCUCAACAAGGUAUCAUCUUCUUGGAUGAGGUGGACAAGAUUGGCUCGGUGCCCGGAAUCCACCAACUUCGUGACGUCGGAGGGGAAGGAGUCCAGCAAGGCUUACUCAAGAUGCUGGAAGGCACGGUGGUGAAUGUGCCGGAGAGGAGCUCACGGAAGCUACGAGGAGAGAGCGUACCUGUAGACACCACCAACAUACUGUUUGUGGCAUCAGGUGCCUUCAAUGGCCUGGAUAGGAUCAUCAGCAGAAGGAAACAGGAAAAGUAUCUUGGAUUUGGGGCUCCUGCAAAUGUCAGCGAGGGUCGAAGGGCAGCGACCAAUGCUGAUCUGUCGAACCAAUCAGCUCUGUCUGACACUAAAAUGGACAAUGAUGAACGGGAUGCCCUCUUGAGGCAGGUGGAGUCCAGGGACAUGAUCGAAUUUGGCAUGAUUCCAGAGUUUGUGGGACGAUUCCCCGUCAACAUUAGUCUGACCUCGCUAGACGAGGCCAUGCUGCUUCGAAUCCUGCGAGAACCUCGCAAUGCCAUAGUGCCUCAGUUUGAAAUGCUCUUCAAGAUGGAUAAUUGCACCCUGAAUAUUACCAAUGACGCCCUGUCCGCCAUUGCCAAGAUGGCUUUGGAAAGAAAGACUGGGGCUCGUGGUCUUCGCUCUAUCAUGGAAAAGAUCUUGUUAGAGCCCAUGUUUGCUGUCCCUGGAUCUGAUAUUGAAGAAGUAACGGUGGAUGCUGAGGUUGUGAAGGGAGAAAAACCUGCAAUUUAUACCAGGAGAUCCAUGGAUUCUGACGAACGUCAAGAAGCUUUGAAUUAUUAAGUAUCACAUUUUGUGAUUGGCUCACCAACCUGUGUCAAAUGAAACAGAAGCCUUCAUUGGUCAGUUUUAAAUCUAAAAAUGCUCCUGAUUGGUAGAUAAGGUUGGAUUUAUUUACAUCUGUAAAUUACUUUGAACAAAGGGAGCUAUCUGAAAAUUUCUAAGAACACUUCCAAUUGAUCUGCUAAUUUGAAAGCUGGAAAGUCAUUGGAUGCUAGAAGACUUCAAUGAAUCAUCUCGGGGAUAUACUUAGCACAAAGUCAUUGUACUUCAGGAGAUUCUUUACACAAAUAUUUUAGUGCCGUCAUCAAACAGUGGAAUUCUUUUCAGUAGUCUGCCUUGGCAGCUGUGUACAUUGGAUUAAAACAAAUGAUAAUGUAUUUUAUUAUCCUGUACUUCAAAUAUUAUUGGAUUUAUCAAAGUUUUUGUAAACUACUGUGAAAAGGGAACAUUUUGGUUUGAAAGUGCAUUAAAGAAAGUGCACAGAUUGACUCUCUGAAUUGAAAGAAAGACUUAUGUGUUUUAAUUAAAGCAUUGUGUAAAUUAGGUUUCAUUGGUUCGCAUUGUUUGUCCAGUGAGACCAUCUUUGAAGAGAUGAGGAUAUUUUACUUUUGUAGAAAACAAGACCUAAGAAGAACAAGUUUAAGUAAUCAAGCGUCGAUUAAUUUGUGGGAUAAUUCUUGAUGACUUAGUAGCGACACAGAUGUUGUUGAGGUUUGGAUUGGUGUCUUUUCCAAUCCAGCUUUAAUAUGAUUACUUCAAAGAGAAAUAUCAGUUUUCAAUGUGUGCUUUGUUUUAACCACUUAAUUGGCUGAACAUUUGCACUCUUGAAAAAAGCAACUUUUGAGAUAUAGCCAAAUGCCACAUACAUAUAUACUGAUUGCUGAAAGUCAUUUCAACAAUACUUACCUCAGUUUUUCGACUCUCUAGAGAGACAUAUUUGCUACAAGUUACAUUCACCAGUCAAAUUAACGCACAGGCUGCUUCUACAGACUUUCUUUGUGAGCAAAACAAACGGGGGUUAGUAUUCACUUUUUUGCCCCGUUUUUAAAGCCAACACGUGUCCCCGUUACAUCUCAUAGGUACGCUGUAUUUAGUUGCUUUGUAAGAGUGUGGAGUAGCACAAGAAUGCAUACAACUUAUUUUGAAGACAUUUACUUCAUAUUAGAAAUUUAUACUUGACCCUCGCCAUUUAAAAAUGUUGCAGAAAUCUGCUGCAGACAUCAGGUUAUUAGUCAUAUUCUGUAGCAUGAAAGUUUUACCAGUAAACGUCAUGAUUGGACUGUACAUAAAGUGGACAAAUGAUGGUGGUAAUGCUUUGUAUUAGUGAAGGCAAGAACUUUUUUGUUUUGGUUGUUUUGUGUUGGUUGUUUCUGCCUAUUUUGUCUCAUUUGUUUUAGCAAAUAUAGGUCAUUUGUUAAAAGCCAGUUCAAAAGAAAAUUACAAAAGAUGGGUUUUCAGUUCCAUAUAGUGUGUGACAUGUUUUCUUCAGUUGAAGUAAACUGCAUGCUUUAAGUGAGGAAGAUUCACACAGAGGACAAAUAUUCACCUUUAGCAGAAGCAGCCACGUUGGUGAGGAGUGUUCAUUUUGUUGGUAGGAUGUGACCUUAACGCAUGCAUUUCAUAGUCAUUUGUUAUCCAGCCAAAUGCAGUCCCCACCAAAAGAGCUGUUGCUAGGAAAAUUGCACCCUCUCUUGGUCCAGCUUGGGGCUUAUUGUUAAAAGUUAUCUUUAGCAUGUAACUGACUCAAAUUGCUUAAAUGCUUGGCAAUUACCGUCUUAAUUUUUAAGAAUGAAAACAUCAGUACAAUAUUAAUUUUUUAUUAUGCUGGGUUACUGCUUCAGGGUCCAUGCUUGUAACUUCUGAAGUCUUUUCUGUGUCAGAUUUUCUGUUUGAUUUUAAUUUUUUUCUGAGGUAAACAAUAAAGACAAAUUAUUGUACAUACAAA